CAGAUCCCCGUCAUCGACAUCAGUCCUCACAAUGUCGAGGCCCCAAAACAGUUACUCGCCGCAGCUCGCGACUUCGGUUUCAUCUUCAUCUCCAACGACAACGAAGCAGGAAUCCCACCAGAUCUCAUCGCCCAACAAUUCGAAAUCUCAAAAGACUUCUUCUCUCUCCCCACAGAAAUCAAAGAACAAGUCUCCAUCGCUUCCAACAAAGCCGGCAAAAACCACGGAUGGCUAUCUCAAGGCGUAGAGAAACUUGAUCCGAAAACUCAAAAGAGUCCCGAUGUGAAAGAAGCAUUCAACCUCUCCCUCCCCACCCCAGACAAAACCUUCGACCAACCCCUCCCACCCCCCAUCCUCUCCCACCUGUCCUCCGUCAUAAACUUCGAACUCGCCUGCCACAACCUCUGCCAAAAAAUCCUCAGCAUCUUCGCUCUCGCCCUAGAAAUUCCGGAAAAUUGGUUCACAAGCCGUCACGAUCCUUCCCAAGGCCCUGUGGGUUCGAUUUUUCGAUAUCUGUAUUAUCCCGCUCGAAAGACGACAACUUCUGAGAUUGAUCUUCGAGCCGGAGCGCAUUCGGAUUAUGGGAGUAUCACGUGUUUAUUUCAGUUACCGGGACAGCCUGGGUUAGAGAUACAGAGGGGGAAAGAAUGGGUUCGUGUUCCUGUAGACCCGUUGCAGCGAGGGGGAGCGUUACCGAUUUUGGUGAAUAUUGGGGAUUUGCUCGAGGAUUGGACGGGAGGGUUGUUGAAAUCUACGGUCCAUCGUGUGGUGUUUCCGGAAGGGGAGGCGGAUGCGGGGGAUAGGUAUAGUAUUGCGUAUUUUUGUCAUCCGCUUGAUGAGGCUUUGUUGGAGCCUGUGCCGAGUCGGAUUGUGAGGGAGUUUGCGGAGAAGAAUGGCACGAGGAGUGGGAGGGAGGGAGUUACGGCGAGAGAUCAUUUGAUGGAGAGGUUGGCUGCGACGUAU